AUGGGUGCAUAUAUUAGUCAUGAGAGAAUUGAUGUACAUCUAAGAAUACAGAACAACAUACAGCCUGAACAUUUCGAAUACAGUGUUCAUCUACGUGAUGUACCAAAGCAGACAUUGAUCCAUCAUCUGGAGUUGGCUGCAGAUAUAGAUCCACAUUUUAACUUUUCAUCAAGUUAUCAUUCACGAAGUGGAUAUUUUAUAGAUGCGAUCAAUGGUUUGAAAAGUAAAUGGAAUCCCGACAAGACCUAUUGGGAAAUUUUGAAUUCUGAUUUGAAACAAACAGAAAUCAUUAUAAUAUAUUGUACUACAGAUAUAUUUUUAAAUUACACCAUGGCUAUCACAUUUUACAUAAUAAACAAAUUAGAUUGUUAUAUGUUGGUUGCAGCGUUUACUGCUCUGCACUGGCGGUUUUUGAGACUGCACACCGUUUGUUACGCACCUGAUAUUCAACUAUUGUAUCAUGCUUCAUGA